GCCGUUAUGGCCAUACGGAUUUUCUAUUUUGGGAAAUGCUGUCUUGAUUCGCAUUCGAGUUGAAACGCGUGACAAAUUAUGUGAAAAGUGUUUACUGGAGCGGCGCUUAAGAUGGGCAGAAUGUUCCUCAAAAAUUUACGAAAUGGAUUUUAAAAAGAAAGUGAAGAAAUGUGGAAAAUGUAUUUCAAGUCUUUUGGGAGUGCAUAUUAAAGCUGUGUUUCCUGAAAAAUUCCCAUUCAUUGAUGCAGGCAGAUAUAUAAAUAAAAUUGCUGGCAACCGAGCACCUUCGAGUGAAAUAAGGGAAAUAUAAAUGCAAAUUCCCACCCACGGUGCACAUUUUGGAUAAAAGGAAUACCAGAAAUAAAGUUUCGACCACACAAGUUGGAAUGCACAGAUAUCUAAAAAAAAGUGUUAAAGAAGUGAAUAAACAACCGAAUAAAAUUCCAAACAAAACCGAAAUUAUUUCAAGAUCUGGAAAAUGUGCUUCGAAUAUGCAACCAUAUAAGUGUGUUUGCUCUAACGCGUCAACAUUAAAAGCAAAAGCUAAAAGUAUUAGCAGAACAAAUAAAAGUUAAUGCACAUACUUACUCAUAAUUGUUAAUCCAACACAAAGAGCAAACUUUUUUGCAACUACAACUUCUGUGUCAAUAUUGUCGCUCACAUUUCAAUAUUGGUCGAGGGCUAUGACCAAACCGCAGAGUCGACAUCUGUAAAUAGUUCAAUGCAAACAAACCCAGGCUGCGGACAUGAGCAGGCCUAAGAUAAAGAAUGCUACUGUCCAGUCUAAUAAACGCUCUUCUGAUAUGUGGCAUGUUCUCGUCGGCAAUGUCGAAGGACGAGAUGGCGGCGACUGGCGAGGCGGAAGUGAAAAUGUCCGAAUUCCCGACUACGGAAACAACAUUCAACGCAAACAACAUUAAAUCAAUUUCAACUUCAGGGCUGACAACAACGAAUCGCCAAUUCCACAACAAUCACAAUCUGAUGGGACAAAUAACAGAGUUGAGCACAAAUGUGACGUUGUAUAUGAAAAAAAUACCGCGCCUGCAAGUGCGCUGGCAGGACAAUCUGCCCAAAGGCACCACAUAUAAUGUGAUUGUGAAUGCGGUGAAUAGCACACGUUGUCCGGAGGCGCCGUGCAGCGAGUACGGAAAACCGAAGCCUUCGAGUUUCUUGUAUCUGCCGGUGAACGCAAUUUCGAAUGUGGAUGCUCUGGAGUGCAGCUACAUGUUCGGAUGCGAGUACAAGCUCACGGUGGAAACAUCGAAUGCGAAGGUGUCGCGUUCAACACUUGUCCUCAUACCUCCCUGUGUGUCGGGGGAGUGCAGCUGCCAAUUGGCCCCCGCACCGCCCAAGGUUCUAACUCUGGCCAAGAUGGUGGGGAAUGAUACCCUAAGCAUAACCUUUGCUGUGCACACGAACGAGCAAUGGCGCAGCGAGCAGGAAAAUCGAACAGGUGGACAGAUCGAGGCGCUCCGGACGCACAAAAUGCAAAUAAGAGUUAGCGAGGAAACUAAUCCUUCGCUGCCCUGGGGCGGCAAACUCAAGCAGCUGCUGAGUCGGUUUUACAACUUGAACGAGUUGGGUUUAAGGGCGACGGCCAAGGGCUAUGAGGGCAGCAUAAAACUACCUUUGGGAAAGCAGCUGAAGGAGAAGGCUUCGCUCAAUCUACAGGCCCUCAUCAUUGACGCUUCCGGCUGCGAGGGGCUGCGCAGUGUGACCAGAGUAGCGGUACCCGCCAAUCCAGUUUUACUAACCAACGAUACCAAUUUGUCAAAUGGGCUCAUCAUUGCGGCCAUUCUGCUCAUGAUCUUCAUAUUCUCCGGCCUAUUGAUUCUGUGCGUGCAACGCCGCCGACGCGUUAAAAACAAAGCCCAGCUACAAAAGGAGGAAAUACAUUUGCAGUCCUUUGCCGCAUCGACCAUAGAAAUGGAGGACAACAUCAAUUAUGUCGACAAAUAUGUGGAGCAAUCGCAAGCAUUGGGUCUGGCAGACAUAUUCGAGGUGCCGCACUCAUCCAUUCACAUUGGACGCGUGCUCGGCGAAGGAGCCUUUGGACGCGUCCACGAGGCCACCGCAAUUAACAUGCGACGCAUGCGAGGCACCAUGAUUGUGGCUGUAAAGCAGCUGAAAAAUAAUCCCACAGCCGACGAGGUGGCGGAGUUUCUAUCCGAAAUCGAUAUGCUCAAAGGUGUCGGCACACACCACAAUGUGGUGUGCUUCCUGGGCUGUUGCACCAUCCGUGCGCCCUAUCUGAUGGUUAUGGAGUAUGUGGGUCGUGGAAAUUUGUUGAACUAUUUGCGUACGGUGCGCCAGGAGGCGGUGAAGUUUAAAACACACAAUGCAAACGAUAGCACGGGCAAGCCAAUCAAUGUGCUGGGCCAAAGCGUAAAUUAUAUCGAAUUAAAGGUCUCCGGACAAACCACAGACAGCGAGCAAUCGCACUCCAUUCCAAAUGGUACGCAGCAGCCGAAGCCGCCACUGUCCCCCUUCGCUGAAACUACCUACGCUGUAAUGGAGGACGAGGAACCUUUCGAGUACAUAUUGGAUAAUCGAGAGCUGCACAAUUUUGCAUUGCAAAUUGCGAAUGGCAUGCGAUUUUUGGAGGAGCAGGAGAUUACGCAUCGCGACUUGGCAGCACGCAAUGUUUUGAUUGAUAACAACAAGACGUUGAAGAUAUCAGAUUUUGGGCUCUCGCGACACGGCAUCUAUACGAACACAAGAACGCGCAAGCUUCCACUGCGCUGGCUUUCCAUCGAGGCUAUAUGCGACAACAUUUACUCCAGCAAGAGCGAUGUUUGGGCCUAUGGUGUGGUGCUCUGGGAAAUAGGCACAUUGGGUGCCUCACCGUAUCCCACGGUGGGCAAUAAUGAGCUAAUACCCUAUCUCUUGGCUGGUAAUCGACUGGAGCGGCCAGAAAUCUGUACGCCUCAAGUCUAUACCAUAAUGCUGCAGUGUUGGCUGGAGGACCCAGAGGAGAGGCCCACAUUCGAUGCCCUCUAUAAGGUUUUAAGUCCGAAGACAACGUAUGUGGACAUCAACAGUCUGAGUGAUGAUUACGUCUUUCCGCCAAUUAGGGAAUAAUUGAGAUUUUAAUGUUGUUAACUUUUAACUUCUAUCUAAUAAGUGCAUUAUAUCUAAAUAAGUUAUGUUGUAUGUUUGUGCAUAUAGGUAUGUGCAUAUGUAUAUGUAUUAUAUUUUCCAUAGGAAAGUUCUCUUUGUAUAUUAUCAACUACUCUUUAUAUAAUUUUGCCCUAUGUUAUGCUUUUAUAAAGUAUGCAUUUGGCAGCUUGGAAGUGCUAGAACAAAUAUGCAAGUCAUACAAGCGUUGAACUAAAUAAAUUGUUGAUUAAGUAGGAUAUUGGCUGCCAAACAGUUGCUUAAAUAAUUUCUAAAUUAACAAUUACAAAUCAUAGCAAUAAAAAACAAAGAACAACAA